ACUACUUCCGGUGGUGGCGUGGUCGGCCACUGGAGAACUCAGAAGAACACAGCUGUGCGCGCCCAGAGGCUCUGGGGGCGGGAGAGGAUAAGUCGGAAGGAGGGGGCGGGACCUACACCUCAGGAAAGCCGGAGGAUUGGGGCACGAAGCGGGGCUUUGGUGACCCGCAAAGGGCGAGGCAUGCAGGAGGUGGAGGAAUUAAGUGAAACGAGGAAGGUCGUUAAUCAGGACCCUGUGGGCGAGGCCUUAAGGGGCGUGGUCCUUGUCUGGGCGGGGUCUUUGGGCGCCGACUAGGCCUGGUUCUGGGUGGGCGGGGCUGCUGUGGGAGGUGCCUGCUGUGGAAAUGCCGGCCCGCGCGCUUCUGCCCAGGCGCCUGGGGCAUCGUACUCUAGCCUCCGCUCCUACUCUGUGGGCCUCUAUCCCGUGCCCUCGCUCUGAGCUGCGCCUGGACCUGGUUCUGCCUUCUGGACAGUCCUUCCGGUGGAGGGAGCAAAGUCCUGCACACUGGAGUGGUGUACUAGCGGAUCAAGUAUGGACACUGACUCAGACUGAGGAGCAGCUCCACUGCACUGUGUACCGAGGAGACAAGAGCCAGCCUGGCAGGCCCACACCAGACGAGCUGGAGGCCGUGCGCAAGUACUUCCAGCUAGAUGUCACCCUGGCUCAACUGUAUCACCACUGGGGUUCCGUGGACUCCCACUUCCAAGAGGUGGCUCAGAAAUUCCAAGGUGUGCGACUGCUGCGACAAGACCCCAUCGAAUGCCUUUUCUCUUUUAUCUGUUCCUCCAACAACAAUAUCGCCCGCAUCACUGGCAUGGUGGAACGGCUGUGCCAGGCUUUUGGACCUCGGCUCAUCCAGCUUGAUGAUGUCACCUACCAUGGCUUCCCCAGCCUGCAGGCCCUGGCUGGGCCAGAGGUGGAGGCUCAUCUCAGGAAGCUGGGCCUGGGCUACCGUGCCCGCUACGUGAGUGCCAGUGCCCGAGCCAUCCUGGAAGAACAGGGCGGGCUAGCCUGGCUGCAGCAGCUACGAGAGGCCUCCUAUGAGGAGGCCCACAAGGCCCUCUGCACCCUGCCGGGAGUGGGCACCAAGGUGGCUGACUGCAUCUGCCUGAUGGCCCUAGACAAGCCCCAGGCUGUGCCCGUGGAUGUCCAUAUAUGGCAGAUUGCCCAACGUGACUACAGCUGGCACCCUACCACGUCCCAGGCGAAGGGGCCAAGCCCCCAGAGCAACAAGGAACUGGGAAACUUUUUCCGGAACCUGUGGGGAGCUUACGCUGGCUGGGCCCAAGCGGUGAGUGUACCUUGGUUUCCUCUCCUCCAGCCCAGACCCCAUAGGACUUCUCCUCCAGCCCUGACCCAGCAGACUCUUCCACCACCACUGCCCCAGGUGGCCCUAAAGGACUCUCCAGCCACCCCUGUCCCAACCCCAGUGGACUCUCAUUGCCUUCGGCCCCAUUCCCAAGGACUCUUCCACCUCCCAGCACUGUCACUAGUCCCACCAGCCCUGACCCCAGUGUACCCUCCUCCCCACACCGACUCCACCCUCAUACAGGUGCUGUUCAGUGCCGACCUGCACCAAUCCCGCCGUGCUCAGGAGCCACCAGCAAAGCGCAGAAAGGGUUCCAAAGGGCUGGAAGUCUAGAUGGGGCACCCUGGACAAAGGAAUUCCCCAAGCCCCUUCCCCUCCAUUCCCCACUUCUCUCUCCCCAUCCCCACCCAGUCUCAUGUUGGGGAGGGGCCUCCCUGUGACCACCUCAAGGGCCAGGCAGCCCCAAAUCAAGCAGUCAGUUUGCACAACAAGGUGGGCUGGGGGCUAUCGGGGGAGACAGCACUAAGGAUGGUUUUAUCUUCUUCCCUUUAUUACAAGAAGGAACAAUAAAAUAGAAAUAUUUGUAUGGAAAA